AUGUCAUCCAAGUGUACUGUGUUUUACAGACUCGGCUACCACAAGUUUCAGAUCAAGGAACAACCAGAAAUUCCAAGAACAAAGUUCCACAUCAUAAGAGCACUUGCUUCAGCAGACGAUUUGGAAACCCCGUUUUCACCAUCUUCGAUGAUAAGGACUGGAAUCAACCUCCCAGUUUUGUUCCGCUUAAAAGGCAAAGAACAAUCAUUGAAAUUAACAGAAAAUCUUCCGGAACGAUCUUCUUGUGGGAGCAUUCUCUUCUCCGGACAUUCUUUCUUAAGGCGAGUAGACUUUGGAGCAACAGCUUUGGAGCGCCGGCUUUUAGUGGAUGCUCUAUUCCGGAUCAAAGAACGAGUCAUUGAUAUUCUGGAAAUGCUGUCUCCAAUAACUUCGACCUGGGACGUGAUCUGCCGGUGGCCAGGAGACUUGGAGUAUGCUCGUGGAAUUCCAAGGGAAGGUAUCUGGCGCGGCAGCCCCAUGUUUCUGCUCGACUGGCGCGUGUCGUUUACCGUCUUUGACACAAUUCUCUUUGCUAUAAGGUUCAGCCAAGUUGAUGGAAUCAACCAGGACACCAAUGGACAUCUUUCUGGACUGACUGUGGAAUUGGCAAUUGCUGUCAAAACUCCGAAUAUCGCUCAUUUGUGCCUGCCAUGUGUAAAUUACAGAAAUCCAAUCAGGUCCGUCCAGCAGCUCCAGCUUUAG